CAUGCUGUCCAUAACUUCCAUCUUUCAUAAACAAAUAGAUACACUCCACCAACAAUGCGGACAGAAUCUUUAUAUUGACAAAGAAUCACCGAGUCACAAAUAUAUUUCGCAUCCAUACACCGAUACGCAAAUCAAUAGGAAACAUAGAAAGAGAGUCAACUAACAAACACUCCGAUAAACCCAUCUCGCGUUCUUACAAAUCUCACAAAUGGGCUGGGCCAACACCGAUGAAAUGGCCCUCCCCUCUCAUCAUUCACUCCCAAGCUCCUCCGUUGAUUCAGGCCAUGCUCGUCUCAAUGAGCUCGGCUACAAACAAGAACUCAAGCGUGACCUCUCGGUGCUGUCAAAUUUUGCAUUUUCGUUUUCGAUUAUUUCGGUUAUUACUGGUAUAACUACGCUGUACAAUACUGGGCUGAGGUUUGGUGGACCUGUGGCUAUAGUGUAUGGCUGGGUUGUUACGGGCUGUUUUACUAUGAUUGUUGGUUUGUCCAUGGCUGAGAUUUGUUCUUCUUAUCCUACUUCUGGUGGACUUUAUUAUUGGAGUGCUAAACUUGCUGGCCCAAAUUGGGCUCCCUUUGCUUCUUGGAUCACUGGAUGGUAUAACAUUGUUGGUCAGUGGGCUGUUACAACAAGCGUCAAUUAUUCACUUGCGGAGCUGAUUCAAGUAAUGAUUCUCCUUAGCACAGGAGGAAAGAAUGGAGGUGGAUAUGAAGGCUCUAAAUAUGUAGUUAUUGGUAUUCACGGUGGCCUUCUUCUCGUACAUGCUAUCAUAAACAGUCUUUCUAUCUCUUGGUUAUCGUUUUUUGGACAGCUUGCUGCUGGAUGGAACAUUCUAGGUGUCUUUGUUCUUAUGAUUCUUAUUCCAUCUGUUGCAACGGAAAAGGCCAACGCCGAGUUUGUAUUCACUCAUUUUAAUACUGAAAAUACUGAUGGAGUGAAUGGUAGACUCUACAUAUUCCUGUUAGGGCUCCUCAUGAGUCAAUACACUUUAACAGGAUAUGAUGCAUCUGCCCAUAUGUCGGAGGAAACAAGGAGUGCAGACAUAAAUGGGCCAAGAGGAAUCAUCAGUUCUAUUGGCAUAUCAAUUAUUGUUGGAUGGGGUUACAUACUUGGUAUCACCUUUGCAGUUACUGACAUCCCAUACCUCUUGGACGAGGGUAACGAUGCUGGUGGUUAUGCCAUUGCGGAGGUAUUUUAUCAAGCAUUCAAGAGUAGAUAUGGAAGUGGAGUUGGAGGAAUCAUUUGUCUAGGCGUGGUUGCUGUUGCUAUAUUCUUCUGUGCUAUGAGUUCAGUUACAAGCAACUCCAGGAUGGCUUAUGCAUUUUCGAGAGAUGGAGCUAUGCCAUUAUCUUCUCUAUGGCAUAAAGUAAACGGCCAAGAAGUCCCCUUGAAUGCAGUUUGGCUUUCUGCUUUCAUAUCAUUUUGCAUGGCCCUGACGUCACUUGGGAGUGAAGUGGCGUUUGAAGCAAUGGUAUCAAUAGCAACUAUCGGGCUUUACAUUGCUUAUGCAAUACCCAUUUUCCUCAGAGUAACUCUGGCUCGAAGAUCUUUCAAGGCAGGACCUUUUAACUUGGGGAAUUACGGAGUUGUUGUUGGUUGGACUGCCGUCCUAUGGGUUGCAUUCAUCUCUGUCCUCUUUUCAUUGCCUGUAGCCUAUCCCGUUACUCGAGAGACGCUGAACUAUACUCCAGUUGCAGUUGGUGGUCUGUUCAUUCUCACAGUCUCCUAUUGGAUCUUGAGUGCUCGGCACUGGUUUAAGGGUCCUAUAACAAAUAUUGAUAGAUGAAUUAGACAGACUACUAUUUACACAUCCUAUUUCUAAGAAAAGGCAGUUCAUCAUUUUUUUUUUGUAAUGUCAAUUGUUUGUGGAUACAAGGAAAAUGUAUUAAAAAUUGUGUGAACAGUUACAACAAGUUUUAUACUAUAUACAAGCCCCGAAUGCAGACAUGA